CAACUAUACAGCUCGAUGUGGUAGAAGCAGAGACAGAAGAAAUAACUGGAGGAGAUGGGCUCCUUCGUGCCAAGAGAACCACCAGGCGAUUAUCUGUGACGUCACUUCCUUCUGGGCUGCAGAAGGCACCCUAUUCAUCAAAAAAGAGACCACACUUUCCAGCACUUAAAAAGAAGAAACAGAGCAUGGAAGACAUCCUCCGGAAAUCAGAGCUGACAGUAGGAAAGCUUCAAAUGCAGGUGGAUGACCUCAUAGAAAGAGUUACUGACAAAUCCAUGAAGCUUUUGGCCCAGAGACACGCUGAGCUUCAGCAGUGUGAGUUCCUAGGGGCUGAGAUCCUUCAGUCUUCGAAGCAGUUCCAAAGGCUUUCCAAGAGAACCAAGAGGAAGUAUAAGCUUCGGAGUGGUUGCUUCCCAUGUGCCUGCUGCUGCUUCUGA